UUUAGCCACAAAGACGAGAUCUUUGGACACGUCUCUGUCACUACAACAACACAACAGCUUGUGAACAUACAAAAAAGACCGACCCUGAUUUUAUACAUAGUAUAUAUGUAGGGUUUAACUACUCUCAUCUUCUCCUUCUCUCGGCUAUCACGUCAACAAUGGCGUCUCUUCUGACCUCUCCCUUAACAAAGCCCAAACCUUUCUUCCUCUCUUCCCCUCCACGACCUCUAACCACACUACCGCCAUUGAAUAUCGUCGGAAUCUCACUCACCCACAACCAAAAGCUCGCUCCUUUCAAGCUCCCGAGCCUCGUCUCCUCCGCAUUUAAGAAGAGAGAUGUCGCCGCAUCAGCUGCAGCUGCCGCGUCGGAGACGGGAGAUGAUUACAGAAGGAUAAUGCUUUCGGAUGUGAUGGUGAAGAAGAAAACGGACAAAGCGGUUUGGUGGGAAAGAGAGUGGACUUCGAUGGAUUUUGGCGCCGUUGCUGUGGUUGUCUCGAUGCAUUUGCUUAGCCUCUUGGCUCCGUUUCAGCUUAAUUGGAGAGCUGUUUCGGUUGCUUUUGUGCUUUAUAUCGUCACGGGUCUUUUGGGGAUUACUCUGUCGUUUCAUAGGAAUCUUACUCAUAGAAGCUUCAAGCUUCCAAAGUGGCUUGAGUACUUGUUUGCUUAUUGUGGAGCUCAGGCUCUUCAGGGGCAUCCGAUUGAUUGGGUGAGUACGCAUAGGUACCAUCAUCAGUUCUGUGAUUCGGACAAAGAUCCUCAUAGCCCACUUGAAGGGUUUUGGUUCAGUCACAUGAAUUGGAUGUUUGAUACUAAUACUAUCACGCAAAGGGUUGGAGAGCCUAAUAAUGUUGGGGAUUUGGAGAAGCAGCCGUUCUAUCAGUUCCUUAAAAACACCUACAUUUGGCAUCCGGUGGCUCUUGCGGCUGCUCUAUACGCAAUGGGUGGCUUCCCCUUCAUCGUUUGGGGAAUGGGUGUAAGAAUAGUAUGGGUAUAUCACAUAACUUGGCUAGUAAACUCAGCUUGUCACGUUUGGGGAAACCAAGCUUGGAACACUGGAGAUUUGUCUAAGAACAACUGGUGGGUAGCAGCUCUAGCAUUUGGAGAAGGAUGGCACAACAAUCACCAUGCUUUCGAGUUCUCUGCUCGACAUGGCCUUGAAUGGUGGCAAUUUGAUAUGACUUGGUACGUCGUUAGGCUCCUUCAAGCCAUUGGAUUAGCAACCGAAGUUAAGCUGCCAUCAGAAGCUCAGAAACAAAGAAUGGCACUUACCAGUGAUUGAUAGUAGAACUAUGUGGUCAUCACCGGAAAUCAAAACUGUUGUACUAUUCGAGCUAUGAAAAUUAAAGAGGUUUUGUUUUUUGGUGUUUUUACAUAUAAUGGUAUAUAUCUAUGAUUGUAUGUGACAAACGAUGAAUCUUAAGUAUCUAUUAUUACA